GUAACACAGGAGUCACUGAUAACUUAUCUGCCUCCAUAUUUCAUGUAAAUCGUAGCUUGUCUGUGAUCGUAGUCAACACUAAUGAAGAAUUUAAAUAGGAAAUGUAGUCUAUGCAGACUUUUUAGUUUUUUUUUUUUAUUAAGUACCGGUGUAUGUAAAAAUUUAUGAGUUUCUAAAAUAACGAUGGUUAAUUGGUCAACUCUAUUUCUAUUUGUCGUGAUAGUUGCGGGGAAAGCAAAAGAAGAAACAGGACCAUGUCCUACAAAUUGUCAAGGUGAAGAAUACAAAUGCCUUGAAGGAAAAUGUUAUUGUGCCGACGGAUUCAUUCAGGAUUAUUUCCAAACUGAGUGCAUUAAAUGUCCAGAACUGGGACAGAAAUGUUUCGGCACGUGCUGUAACUCCUUGAGUAACACUAGCCUCCAAUGUUGGCACGGAAUUUGCCAGCCAUGCUCUGACGCCAACGGGAAUUGGAGUUGCAGGGACAGUGUAGACCAAGCAUUGUUAAUCACCACCACCCAGUUGGUUAUGGGAAUCGCUCUCGUCCUUGGAAUCAUAGCUACAUUUAUGUUACUGUUAAAAUUGUGUACAGUUUCCAGAUUAAGGUUACUGGGCACUUCUAGAAGGUCUGACAGUGACAGACUGUCAGUUGGAAGUUUACACAUGUACGUCGAAGAAAGACUACGAGACGCUCCACCUAGAUAUUCAGGGACAUCACAAAAUAAUACAACUACUGCUUCAAUUUCUCCAGGGGCGUUCACCAAUGAAUGUUUUAUUCCUGAUUGCAGUAUUCCACCACCGCCGUAUACAGAAGUUAUAAAAAACGAAAACAACCAAAACGCAUCUGUACACAUGUAAAAAAUUGUAAGGCGGGUUCUUUGACUUUAAGUAAUUAAGUAUAAAUUUAACUGUGAUGAAAUUUAAUCUAGGUAUCAUAAUCUAGCUAAUCUCUAAUAUGUAAUACAAUACAAUAA